AUGACCAACGAAACACAAAGUGAACCCAUUGAAAAUGGAAAUGGAAUUAAAAAUGGAAACACAGCUGACUCAAAUGGAAAAGAUGUGUCCAUGGUUGACGUCAGUGCUGCUAAUACUGCAAAUGGUGCAACACAGACCAUUUCGGAUUCAUCAUCGUCCUCUAAAAACCCAACCGAUGAUAUAGAUUUGGACAGAAUGAAUAUAGACCAAAAAGAUGAGCCACACCAAGAGCUGAGCAAACAUGUUGAGGACGCUGCUGACGAGGACCGAAUGCAUAUUGACCAUUCAUCGACUACUUUGGCACAACAACAACAGCAACAGCAACAGCAACAACAACAGCAACAGCAACAGCAACAACAACAGCAAGCUCAAGAUAAACCGCCACCGCUGUCAGCAUCAACACGGGUUCAAAAUGAGGAUCAGGGCUCACAGACAAGUGCUCAAAACAAUCCCACACAACAACAACAACAACAACAACAACAACAACAACAACAACAACAACAACAACAACAACAACAACAACAACAACAACAACAACAACAACAACAACAACAACAACAACAACAACAACAACAACAACAACAACAACAACAACAACAACAACAACAACAACAACCAGAGACCGUAUUUACUUUACCUGUUGAUAUCAAAUGGGUUCAAGGAGGCGAGAAGGUUUAUGUGACUGGUUCAUUUACAGGUUGGAGAAAGAUGAUUGGGCUUGUGAGGCAACCAGACGGCACGUUUGUUAUCACUUUAGGUUUGCCAGUGGGGACACACAGACUUCGUUUCAUUGUGGAUAACGAAUUGAGAUACUCUGAUUUUUUACCAACGGCCACAGACCAGACUGGUAAUAUUGUCAACUAUGUGGAAGUUGCACCUCCGCCACAAAAGGAUCAAGUUCAAACACCUGCAGUUCCACAGCAGCAGCAAGAUGAGCAGCAACAACAAGAACAACAAGAACAACAAAUUGGUUCUACUGGAGCUGAGAAAGCGAAACCUAACAUGGAAGAAAAAAAGGAUAUUGGCGGAAAGGAGGCAAGUGACGAUAGUAAUGGUUUAACAAGUCGAAAGUCAACAAGGUGGCAGCUUACGAAUGAUGAAGAUGAUAUGGGGAACGGAUAUUCAAGAUACUAUGAUCAGGGGCCCGAAGGUCAAAACCUUCUGUUUAUCACCGAUAUUCCCCCAAUCUUCACAGAUCCAAAGGUGAUGGAGCAAUACUAUGUUGCUAUCGACAAGCAGUCUAAAUCGAACAACGGCCAACAACAAGCAUGGUUACAUCCCCCUCAAUUGCCUCCACAUUUAGAAAGUGUGAUUUUGAACAAUUUCAAUAGCAAUGAGAAUAAUUCAGGUGCUUUACCCACACCGAACCACGUUGUGUUAAAUCAUUUAGCUACAACAUCGAUCAAACACAACACGUUGGCAGUUGCAUCUAUAAUGCGUUAUAAAACCAAAUACAUAACCCAAGUCUUGUAUGCACCGCUAUAA